ACACACUAUCCCACUUCGAUCCUCAGUAAAAAUGAGUAAUCAGGAAGAAAACAGCUUAAAAAAAGUGAUCAAUCUCUGGUCUGGUAUUGCCGUGGUUUUUGGUAAUAUUGUUGGUAGUGGAAUCUUCAUUUCUCCUAAAGGAGUAUUAUUGCAUUCUGGAUCGGUUGGACUAUCCCUAAUUUUUUGGGCACUAUGUGGAGUUAUUUCAAUGCUCGGCGCCCUAACUUUUGCCGAAUUAGGUACACUUAUUCAUAAAAGUGGUGGAAUGUUUGCUUAUAUACAAGCAGCAUUUGGAAAUUUGAUCGCUUUUAUUUACUUGUGGGCAACAUUAGUAAUUAUUUUGCCAACGACAACUGCUAUUAUAGGACAACUUUGUGGACAAUACAUUCUACAACCAAUUUUCUCUGAUUGUCAAGUACCCGACUUACCACCCAAACUAGUAGCUGCAUGUGCAAUAGCUUUAUUAGUAGUAAUCAAUUCAUUAAAAGUUGAAUACGCGACUAGAAUUCAAAACUUUUUCUCUAUACUAAAACUUUUAUCACUGGCGUGCAUUUUCAUUGGAGGUUUAGUUAAUUUAUGUUUUGGACAUACGGAAAAUCUACAAAAUGGAUUUGCCAAGAGUACGACUAGUCCAAGCGAAAUUGCAUUAGCUCUUUAUGUAGGUAUGUUUUCUUAUGGUGGAUGGUAUACUUUGAACUUUCUUACCGAGGAAAUGGAAAAGCCAGAAAAGAAUUUGCCUAAGGCAAUCGUCAUUGGGUUAACUAUGGUUACAGCUAUAUAUAUAUUAACAAAUAUAUCCUACUUUUCGGUACUUAGUGCGGAUGAACUUCUAAAAUCAGACGCUGUUGCUAUGGUAAAUACUACAUCUUAUACAAUAAUUGCUUUUAAUAAAUUAAUGGACUUUUUUUUACACAAAAAGUCAUUUAUGGAAAAGUUACUACCGAAGGCAAAACUUCUAAUAUCAAUUGCGGUUGCCUGUUCUGUUUUUGGCAGUCUUAAUGGUUUGAUAUUAGCAUCUUCAAGAGUGUACUUCGUUGGAGCUAGGGAUGGUUUACUACCUAAUAUUGUUUCCUGUCUACAUGACAAGAGAAGAACGCCUUUACCAGCAGUAACACUGCAGGGACUGUUAUCAAUUAUCAUGUUAUUUGCUGGUGACAUCUUUAAAUUGAUUAAUUACGUAAUAUUUAUCGAUAGUGUAGCCUUCUUUGCCACAACUCUUGCAUUGUUUUUCCUUCGGAGAAAGAUGCCCGAUGCACCUAGACCUAUCAAAGUUCCCAUUAUAAUUCCAAUAAUUUUCCUUAUCAUUUGCGUGUUUCUAAUUUUCGUUCCUAUAAUAGUUAAACCCGAUACAGUUUUGGUAAGCAUUAUAGUAUUGGCGCUUGCUGUACCGGCGUACAUUAUUGGAGUUAUGUGGGAGAAAAAACCCAAGAUUUAUAAAGUUUACAUGACUAAUCUUACAAUCUUUCUACAAAAGUUAUUCCUUCUCUGUCCUCAGAAGAAUACUUCAUAA